UAGGUCUUAACAUAUUGAAAAAUUAAAACAAUCUAAUUUAUCGUAAAAAAAUGCGGCUUUAAACUGAUCGUUUAAAUUUUCGCGCCAAAACGGACCUACACUUCCAAUGACGUCACACGUGUUUGACAUUUGUCGUGCUUGCCUUCGUUAUAGUAUCUCUAUUUAGUUUGUGCCUUCGUUGAUUAUUAUAAAUUGCAAACUUUCCAAUAAGUUUAUUGUAAUAAUUUAAAAUGGAAUAUCCAUCCACAUCAGGUGAUCACAAUAAUACCGAGAAAAUUCGGAUAAAAAGUCGUGUUGACUCAUGUUUUGUGCCUAUGUGUCCAUCUACUUCAACAAAGUUUCCAAAUAAAUUGUUCUUGACUGGACCUACUGACCCAAAACUAAGAAGAAAGUGGUUUCAAGCUGCAAAGAGGAAUGACUAUUAUUCUCCAAAGACUAUUAUUCGUUGCUGUGAAGACCACUUUGACUUGGAGAACGACGUCGAAAAUUGGAUGAAGUUUAAAAUGAUUGGGGGGAAACUUUAUCUGAAAAAGGAUGUGGUACCUCACUUUUUUGAAUGCCAAAAUAGAAUGAUGCCACUGAAACCUAGAUCAGUAAUAAUGAAAAGGAAAAUACGUGAAAUUCUUGAGAGCAUUGAAAAUAAUGCAGAUCCAUCUUUGGAGUGUUCAUCAAUCACAGAAACACAUGAUUCUCAGAAUAUAGAAAUAUCCAAUGAUAAAGGUGUACAGGUGUCUAUAUAUCCUCAUAAACGAUCAAAACCAGUUCAAGUAGAAAUGAAAAUACCCCAAAAGACUGUAGCUUUAUCACCUAAGAAAGUCAACAUGAGGGAUCAUAAAACAUCACCCAUAAAACUAAAUAUGUAUAAAAUUAUUUAUUCUGAGUCUAGUGAUACUGACAGUAUUAGGAGUCUUUUUAAACCUGAGGAUGAGACAGAUAGCACUGCAGAAUCAGUUUCAAGUGUAUUUAAGCUGCAACAAAGACAGUUAUGUGGCAUAACAAUGGGACGGAUUAUGGCACAGCCACAGUUAUAUAUAGGGAUUCCACUUUCUUGCAAUAUUCUUCUAGAAUUUCUACAAAAAUGCUUAAAAUGCAAUCUUUUUCAUAUUUGCCUAGUGUUAAAAAAGCUACGACUGAAUGAACCAUUUUCCAUCUUAGCAGAAGAUUUUGAUAUACAUGAAACUACAGCAAGCAGAAUAUUUUCAAGAAUAUGUUGGAAAAUGGCUGAAGUCUUAAAAAAGUUCAUUAUAAAGCCUUCACGAGAGUCAGUUCUUGCCAAUUUACCAAUUAGCUUCAGAAAUUCUUUUUCUAAAACAUAUUGUAUAAUCGAUUGCCUUGAAAUAGAAAUAGAAGUUCCUAGUGAUGCAGUACACCAAUCUCUGACCUAUUCCUCUUACAAGAAAUGCAACACUAUAAAAUAUUUGAUAUCUUCAACACCAGACGGGGUGAUAAACUUUGUCUCAGAUGGAUUUGGAGGCCGAACUUCUGAUUUAAAAAUCUUUGAAGAAUCUGGAUUUAUGGAUGUAUUACCACCUAAAGCUUGUAUCAUGGCAGACAGAGGCUUCAAGCACAUUGAAGAAGUGCUGGCAAAAAACCACUUUCAGUUGAUAAGACCACCUAGUGUUAGCUCCUCCAAGAAAAGUUCAAAAGACGAAGUACUACGUUCUAAGAAAAUUGCAAGUCUUCGAAUCCAUAUUGAAAGAGUAAUUAGAAGACUUCGAGAAUUUGCUUUUCUAAAGCCACAUGCCUGUGUAGAUCAUUUUCUUAUACCCCAAUUAGACUAUAGUAUAAUCAUUUGUUGUGCACUUGUGAAUUUACAAUCACCUUUAAUUAAAAUUGAAUAAAAAACAAUAUUUUAGAAGCAUAGUUUUAUUUAAUAUUUUUCAGAAAUUUUUGAAAUACAAAAAAAUGUGCUUAAAUAUUAUAUAUAUCUUUAAAUUUCGGAAAUACAGCAUCUAUCCAGAAUUUCUUUGCAAUAUUCAUUACAGAUACAAUGCUGUUGCCAUAUGACACACGGUAAAUAUCUACUUUUUUUGAUAUUUCACAAUUUGGGUGUGCUAUUUUCCUUUUGCUGAACAACAUUUGCAGUUGUACUUGUGUCCAACAUUUUGGUGUUAUUUUAUUGUCUUUCACAUAGGAAAGUAUGGCAGCUUCGGUUGAAGGACAUUUGACUUCUAUUGUAUAAUCUUCAGUAAGCCCGUCAUGUGUUGCUCCAAAAAUAGGAUACUCGGCAUUAAGACGUAGUCCAGCUUCUUCAAUUUCAACCUGAAUUGCAGAAACAAAAAUAUUAAUUAUGUACUACAAAAGCCUUGAACCAAACAUUUCAAAUUUCUUUUAUUCAAAAUAUUCAAACAAACAAAAACCACCCAACUUACCUUUUCUUUCUUGCUUACUACUUUGAGAACUUCUUUUUCUAGUAUUUUCCCUCUACUCAUCGCAAUGGAAGUAAAUGCUCUCCCAUUAUUUUGUUCAGAAGGGAACCAUUUAUAGUUCUUCAGUGAGCAUCUUCAUAAAGAGUUGAGCCAGAAAUUCUGCCGUAUCUGUAAAAAACAAUAUUUGCGAAGCAUAGUUUUAUUUAAUAAAUUUUUGAAAAACAAAAAAAUGUGCUUAAAUAUUAUAUAUAUCUUUUAAUUUUGGAAAUACAGCAUCUAUCCAGAAUUUCUUUGCAAUAUUCAUUACAGAUAUGAUGCUGUUAUCAUAUGGCACAUGGUAAAUAUCUACUUCUUUUGAUAUUUCAAAAUUUGGGUGUGCUAUACAGAAAAGUGCUAUUUUCCUUUUGCUGAACAACAUUUGCAGUUGUACUUGUGUCCAACAUUUUGGUGUUAUUUUAUUGUCUUUCACAUAGAAAAGUAUGGCAGCUUCGGUUGAAGGACAUUUGACUUCUAUUGUAUAAUCUUUAGUAAGCCCAUCAG